GCCAUAACUUGGAUUUAAAGACCCAACUAGAAGUACAACUCAGAAACAAUGCUGUACAAAUUCAAUGCUGCACAUCACAAAUGACAUUGCUUCUCUUAAAUAUAAGAAUGAGUUAAAUAACUUGACAUAUAUAGCUCAAAUCUCACAGUACUUAAGAUAUGUUCUCCAAACUAAAAAUGGUAAAAAAUUGAGUGCUCUAUUCUUUUUAAAGCAUAUAUAUGCUAAGCUAUAUACCAAGGUUAUUCGUACCCAUUAAAAAUGAAACUCUUGUCAGCUUCUUCUCUCUUCAUUAUAUUCCUAGAGGUUCUAACCAUCAUCGGCAACACAUGCAGAGCCUCAACCCCACCAAAAUUCCCAGCCAUUCUAAUAUUUGGUGAUUCAACGGUGGAUACGGGUAAUAACAACUAUGUUGUCACCCUUUUCAGGGGGAACCAUUACCCAUAUGGUCAAGACUUUCCCAAUCAUGUUCCCACAGGGAGGUUUUCUAAUGGAAAACUCAUUCCUGACUCGGUGGCAAGCUUCCUAGGGAUCAAGGAGAAUGUUCCUCCCUAUCUAGAUCCAAACCUUUCAAAUGAUGAACUCCGCACCGGUGUUUGUUUUGCAUCGGCCGGAUCAGGGUACGAUGAUCUGACAAGUGCUGCAUCUGGGGUCAUCCCAGUGUCAAAGCAGAUUGAUUACUUCAGAAAUUAUAUUGAAAGACUUAAAGGGUUUGCAGGGGAAGCCGAAGUUAUGAAGAUAAUUAGUGGUUCUUUAGUCAUGAUUAGUGCGGGAACUAACGACUUUGGUUUCAACUUCUAUGAUAUACCCACAAGGAGGAACCAGUUCAGCAUCAGUCAGUACCAGGAUUUUCUGCAGCAAAGAAUUCAAAAGUUUGUGCAGGAACUGUACCAGCUGGGAUUGCGUAUAAUGGUUAUAGCUGGGCUUCCUCCAAUUGGUUGUCUGCCCGUUCAAAUAACUGCAAAAUUUGGGAAUCCCCAUGAUAGAACAUGCUUGCAAGAACAGAAUUCAGAUGCUCAAUCUUACAAUCAGAAGCUCGCAAAACUGUUACCUACGUUGCAGGAAUCACUUCCGGGAAGCAAAAUCGUCUACGCAGACAUAUAUAAGCCGCUGAUCGACAUGAUCAACAAUCCACAAAAAUAUGGCUUUGUGGAAACAAACAGAGGGUGCUGUGGAACUGGGUUUGUGGAAGCGGGUCCACUAUGUAAUCACAAAUCUCUAAUGUGUGCAAAUGAUUCCCAAUUCUUGUUUUGGGACUGCAUUCAUCCGAGCCAAGCGGCAUACCAGUAUAUCCAAAAGUACCUAGAGGAGACAGUCCUUCCCGGCCUAACAAAUUAUCAGAGCCCUUGAUCUAAUCAAUGAUACAAAUCAAAUCACUCAUUUCAUGGAAAACCUUAAUUUCGUUUCUUCGGUGUCAAACAGAUUUUA